ACUUCACAUUACUUCCGACAAAGAUGACUUCACUGGAAGAGAUAAAGCUGGAUGUCCCAGCAGACUCUAAUGUUGUUGAAGAUGUUGUUCUGGAAUCUGAAGUUGAGACCAACACAAGUAUUGCUGUCGACUCGAAUGCUGAGCAGUGUCUUGAUUGUUCUGAGUCCGACGCAGACGAAACGACAGACACAACUUCUCAAACAACGCCUUUGUCAGAUGGUGCAAGAAAUAUUGAACAUGGAAAGAGUACCUGGAAAACAUUUUGUGAUAAUUUUCCCAAUUUAAACCGAGGACAAUGGUAUAUGCACCACAGUUUCAACACAUACUGGAAGCACUACGAACAGGCGAUGUCUUGGUACAAGAAGCAUUUGGUCGUGUCCAAAAGGCUUCAGAGACGAUACGGCUCUCAGCCACCACCACAACCAGUUCCACUGGGUCAGCCCUGCAUACCACCAUACCAGCCAUACCCGGUGUGCUCACAGUAUCCUGGUUACCCAGAUAACCAACAGCAGUAUUAUUUAUACUCUAACAGUCCAAGGAAAGCUAGCAAGCAGGGUAAGCCUAAACGAAAGAGAAGUCGAGCUAGAAGGAAGAAGAAUUCCAAAGUGGCCAGUUUAGAUGCCAUUCGGAAUGAUGAUGAGCUUGUAGACAGUUGUGAGACCUCUUCAUUUACCAAAGUGACUGAGACAGCCGAAAGUAACAUGGACUUUGAGAUCACAGAUGAGAUGCUCGAUUUUUUCGCACAUUCACAAAAACACAAAAAGGAAAGAGAGGCACAGAAAAAACUGGAAGCUGAAUCGCUACCAGAGAAGAUGCGUGUGAACAUUGAAGAAGUUAAGGGUCAGGAGGCAGAAAGGACGGUAGAAGCUCCAAAAGAACAACCAGGGUCACGGCGGGCGGCAGAAAUAAAGGAGCUGUAUGGUAAAGGUGCCGCAAUGAUUCAUGGGAUGGAGACCGCACUGCAGAUGACCUACGACAGAAACAUGGACAUCAAACGACCAAAGUUCUGGCCAAAUAUGCCUUUUAGAGUUCAGUUUGCAUGAAUGGUUGCCAAAUUUUACUAUGUAAAGGCAAAACAAAGUGAACUCGAUGAAAAUUAAACACUGCAUAUGGUUUACAUGUCUAGUAGAAACAUAUGGUGAUCAAAAGGACAAAACUGGCUAGAUGUGCAUUUUAGAGUUCACUUUACACAAAUUGUUGCCCAAUGUUAUCAUUAUGUUUUGAAGCUGAAAUAACACCAGUGAACCUGUUGAAUAACAAUGAACAACAUCUGAAAUUGAGCAAUGCAAAUUGUUAUCAAAGGGACACAACUCAUGACAAAUAUUUUUUUUUGGUGUUGACUUUGCAGGAAUUGAUGUCCAGCUAGAUGUCCAGUGAAAUGAUUUUGGAAAGUAAGACCAUAUGUAAAAUUAGUGUGAAUGAAUCUGUUUGAACAGCCUGGACAUUUGGAAGUUAGCUCAUGUCCCAAGCACAUACCUGUAUUGCAUUAAACAUGUUAUAUAUCAAAACUAACAAUCCAUCUGUUUUAAAUAUUUGAAAAUGAUUUGCGAAUCAGCCUUGGUAAGACAUUCAUCUAAAAAUAUGUCACAUACUGCUACAGAAAACCUUCUUUUUUGUUCGAUUUACAUGUAUAUAAUUAUACAUAAUUAUAUUUUGUAAUUUGUAUAAAAUAAUAAUACAUUUUUUUUUAAUGAAAAUCUUUUGAUUAAAUGAUGAUAAUACUG